AUGGAUACUGUUACAGCGACAAUCCACGAGAACUUUGGUGGAACACAUUCCCUUGCUAAUGAGGAAGAGAAUUUCUCAUUGAAUCAAGUCCCUGAUCUCAAUGGGAAAGUAGCCAUUGUGACUGGAGGCUCUCAAGGAAUCGGCUAUGGCUGUACACGGACCUUGCUUGAACACAACAUCUCCAAGCUUUUCAUCAUAUCACAGUCUUCAGAUGUGGCCACAGAUGCCAUCAACACCAUCAGGGAAGAAUUAGGCGACGCGGCUUCUGCAAGAGUAGAAUGGAAAAAAUGCAACCUGGGAGACUGGAAGGCUGUGACACAGACAGCGGAAGAAAUCAAAGCCAGCACCGACAGGAUCGACCUGCUGAUCAACAAUGCCGCCAGGGGUAUCAUGACUGCCCAAAUUACACCAUACGGGGUAGAUGAACAUAUGGCUAUAAAUCACUUCGGCCAUGUGAUUCUAACCUCACAGCUCCUUCCGACAAUGAAAGAGACAGCAAAGUCAGGGCACACGGUCCGCAUCGUCAAUCUGGGCUCCAACGCUCAUCAGAAUGCUCCAAAGAACACCAAAUUUGCAAGUCUAGAUGAGAUCAACAAAGACAAUGGCCCCACCGCGCAGUACGGACGAAGCAAACUGGCGGCAAUGCUCUAUGCACGCUAUCUUGCCACCCACGUCACAGCAAAGCACCCCAAUAUUUUAGCGAACAGUGUUCAUCCGGGGUUUGUUGACACGAAAGCGACGUCCUCUGAUAUCCACGAGGCAUAUCCGCUCGGUGGCUACAUGAUGAGCGUGGCCCUAAAGCCGUUUCAAAAGAGCCAGUUUGAAGGGUGUGUGUCGGCCGUGUACGCAGCGACGGUCACAGAUCGGAGCGGGAAGUAUAUUUGUAUACCAGCCCGUAUCGAGGAUGGAUCUGAGCUUGCGCAGAGUAACGAUUUGGCUGAGCAGCUGAUGCAGCUCACAGAGGAGGUACUAAAGGACAAAAUGGAAGCUGCGGGCAUCAAAUAUUCGUUGGAGUUUUACUAA